AAAAGUCUCCAGUCGCAUUGCCUUCCACAUCUCCUUGCUCCCGGCAUCAGCGAUUCGACAUCUUCACAGCGGUAUCUUGUUCGCUCCGACACAUUCAUUGAACAUGUCGCCCUCAUUGCCCGGCCCCAAGGUUGGCGGCUCUGCUGCUGGAGAUGUCAAGGCCGAGUCAACAUUGGCCCGAGUACUGGGAGCAGGUUCCGCCGGUAUCGCCGAACUCGCCGUCUUCCACCCCGUCGACACGAUCGCAAAGCGUCUCAUGUCCAACCAAGGCAAAGUGGUGGGCAUGAAAGCAUUGAACCAAGUCAUCUUCAAAUCGCAUGCCUCCGAACCCGUCGUCAAGCGCUUCUUCACACUCUUCCCCGGUCUCGGAUACGCAGCGGCAUACAAGAUCCUCCAGCGAAUCUACAAGUACGGUGGACAGCCGUUCGUCCGUGACUACCUAGCGAAGCACCACGGAGGCGAGUUUGAUAGGGCAUUUGGCAAGGGUAACGGCAAGGCGAUCAUGCACGCGACUGCUGGAUCGAUCAUCGGUAUUGGAGAGAUCGUUUUGCUUCCGCUUGAUGUGUUGAAGAUCAAGAGGCAGACAAACCCAGAGGCGUUCCGUGGCCGAGGUGUAGUGAGGAUCGUUCGGGAUGAGGGCUUUGCUCUUUACCGUGGUGCGGGUUGGACAGCCGGCCGCAAUGCUCCGGGCUCAUUCGCACUGUUCGGUGGUUCAGCAGCGGCUAAGCAAUACCUCUUCAAGCUCCAGGACUACAAUUCGGCGACAUGGUUCCAGAACUUCGUCGCAUCGAUUGCUGGUUCGAGCGCGUCUCUGCUUGUUUCUGCGCCGCUUGACGUGGUCAAGACUCGUAUCCAAAACCAAAACUUCGAGGUCAAGAAGUCUGGUGUCAAGAUCAUCGCGGAUAUGGCAAGGAUAGAGGGUUUCUCCUCGUUCUUCAAAGGACUCGUGCCGAAGCUGUUGAUGACCGGACCCAAGCUCACAUUCUCGUUCUGGCUGGCACAAACUCUGAUUCCCGCAUUCAACAAGAUGCUUUGAGGUGGAAGUGUAAAGAAGAGAUGGGCGGAAGAGAUGGGAAGGUCGUAGAUGAAUACCUUGGAGAAUGCUCCAAGAUAGAGCGAGCGCUAGGCGCUUUCAGACGGAGAGUACGCGACAACGCAGUAUGAGGAUAUUGUAUUAUCACAGCGGUCCGUUUCUUUGUACAGAAGGGCUGCACCCUAAUGUGUACAGCCAGCAUGAAUACCUCAACUCUUACGAUA